UUGUUUACUAACAUGAAAGGACCCGUAGAGCUGUUGCCAGGGAAACGCUCGUCCUUGCUGCUAAUAGGAAGCUCAAAUCGUGUGACAUACACUACCGAAUUUCUCAGAAGUGUCGUUUAUAGGUAUCUAGGAGUUAUCAAAUAUGCAGCAUUUUUAAAAAGAAGACUUUCCUGACGCUUUACAGGGGAGAAAAAGGCUGCCUUUGUCAUCGCAAGCCUUCCGCGCGACAUUACGUCAGUGGCCCUCGACGUCAUGUCGCACACCACGCGACAACUUGUAGACAAGAUGGCGACUGCGGUUAUACCCGAUGUGUAAGUUAAGAUACCGCUGGUAGAAAAAGAACAGAUGAAGCAUGCCUUGGCAGGAGGUAGUUGUACGGCUGGCUGCCUUCGCCACGGUCAUGUGAAGUGUGUGUGAGAGACUGUGAUGGACAAGUGUAAGCACGUGGGUCGACUGAGGCUCGCACAGGACCACUCGAUCCUGAAUCCGCAGAAAUGGCACUGCGUGGACUGCAACACCACGGAGUCGGUGUGGGCGUGCCUCAGCUGCUCGCACGUGGCCUGUGGACGCUACAUAGAGGAGCAUGCGCUGCAGCACUUCAAGGAGCAGCGCCACCCUCUGGCCUUGGAGGUGAACGAACUGUAUGUGUUCUGCUACCUGUGUGACGACUAUGUGUUGAAUGACAACGCCACAGGAGACCUGAAGCUGCUGCGCGGCACGCUGGGCGCCAUCAAGAGCCAACGCUAUGAGGUGACAACACGCAGCGGGCGCACCCUACGCUCCGGCGCAGCCCAGCUGGAGCAUGGAAACGCACAGGAGCAGCAGCUGCGCGCAGAGGACCGCAUGUUCACGGCACUGUGGCACCGACGUCGAGCACUCAUGGGCCGCGUAUUCCGCACUUGGUUUGGCCACACAGAGCGUGGCAGGAGGUUCCUGGAGGAGGAGCGACAGCGUGAGGAAGAGGAGGAGCGCAGAAGGGAGGCACGGGAGAGGAGACGAACACUCAAACGGCAGCUCCGGGAAGAGCUGGAGAGUGCGCCGCCACGGAAGAGCAGCCGAAUCCGGAAGCAGAGCCAGAAAGCAGCAGCUGCCGCAUCCUUUACAGAAAGGAAACAAAUCCAACACAAGCCAGCUCCACCCUCUAAUGUUCGGACUCGAAAAGACAAAACGCCUCAGAGAAGGUCAGGCACCUCAGCCAAGACCAGACAGACUCGGGCUCCGCCUACCAAAACUGGCGACUCCCCCAUUAAGAGGCGGCCCACGGUCACGCCAGGCGUGACUGGUUUAAGGAAUCUUGGCAACACAUGCUACAUGAACUCCAUACUGCAGGUUCUGAGUCACCUGCACGUGUUUAGGGAGUGUUUUCUGAGACUGGAUUUGAACCAGGCUCUGGAGCUGCUAGCGUCCGCCGUUAGCCGAAAGCUGGGGCUCUCAGUUCAGCAUGGCACCCAGCCCAAAGCCGCCGGUCAGGGAUCAGGGCUUAGCGGGGGUGCUUCACGCUCACGCAGCAUGGAGCUCAUUCAGCCCAAAGAGCCCAGCUCCAAACACAUCUCACUCUGCCAUGAGCUGCACACUCUGUUCCAGGUGAUGUGGUCAGGAAAGUGGGCUCUGGUGUCUCCGUUUGCGAUGCUGCACUCGGUGUGGCAGCUGAUCCCGGCGUUUCGAGGCUACGCACAGCAGGACGCGCAGGAGUUCCUCUGCGAGCUCCUGGACAAAGUCCAGCACGAGCUGGAGCGAACUGGAACUCUCACACCAGCCACCAUGCCGGCCAAUCAGAGACGCCUGAUCAAACAGGUGCUCAGCGUGGUCAAUACCAUCUUUCAUGGCCAGCUACUCAGCCAGGUGAGGUGUUUGGCGUGUGAUCAUCGCUCCAACACGGUGGAGCCGUUCUGGGAUCUGUCAUUAGAGUUUCCCGAGCGCUACCACAGUAAGGAUGCUGCGCAGGUGCCGUGCAGGUUGACAGAGAUGCUGGCCAAGUUUACAGAGACGGAGGCUUUAGAAGGAGCCAUUUACGCCUGUGACCACUGCAACAAUAAACGGCGGCGUUUCUGCUCCAAGCAAGUGGUUCUGACAGAAGCUCAGAAGCAGCUGGUGGUCUACAAACUGCCUCAUGUCUUACGACUACACCUUAAACGUUUCAGGUGGUCUGGUCGUAAUCACAGGGAGAAGAUUGGCGUCCAUGUCAAGUUUGAGCAGGAGCUGAACAUGGAGCCAUACUGCUGCAAAGACUCCGCCUCCAACACAUCACUCCGCCACCAACACUUCCUCUACCAGCUCUCUGCUGUCGUCAUGCAUCAUGGGAAGGGCUUCGGCUCAGGCCAUUACACUGCCUUCUGUUACAACACAGAGGGAGGAUUUUGGGUGCACUGUAACGACUCCAAGCUAAGUGUGUGUGCAGUGGAGGAGGUGUGCAAGGCUCAGGCCUACAUUCUGUUCUACACCCAGAGAAACUCUCAGGACAAAGGCAAAGCCAGCGACCUCUGACCUCCACUUAGCAGCCAGUCAGCCAGAGACGUUGUACAUUCAUGCCAAUGUGGGCUAAAGCCUGUCUGUGUGUAUAUCUGUGACACUGCAUGAGCGUGACUCACAUUCAUGCCUUACACAGACUAUUGGCAGUAGGCACUCUUGCAGCAUGUGUGUGUGUGUGUGUGUGUGUGUGUGUGUGUGAGAGAGAGAGAGAGAGAGAGAGAGAGAUAUAUCAGUCCUAGCCAGAAGCAUUAGUGCAGCUUGGAUGAGAGGGAGAGUUUUAACAUUUUGUUUCUCGGUGUGGUUGAAUUUAUUUGCCCACAAACCAAAGUAGAAAAAAAAACAAACAAACAAACUGAAUGUUGACUGUUCCCUGAUUUACCCUCCAAAGGGACAGAUGACAUGACUGUGAUGUCACAAUUAUAGUAUGUGAGGUGUGUGUGUGUGUGAGUGAGAGAGAGAGAGACUGACCAGGUUCCUUUAUGUCACUUAAAGUGCCCUGCCAUUUUUUGAACAGUUUAAGGCUCUUGUAGUGUUACCAGCUCCUUUAGGAAUGUGAUUUGACAAUUCAGGAUUUUGUUUUCUGUCUGUUUAGACUUUCCAGAAUGUACUUUUAUAUGCGGAGUAUUUGGUUAAACAAGAUUUCUUUUUUAUUUUUGUAAAAAAGAAAGUAAUUUAGAGAAACAAAAGGUUCUCACCAGCGAACACAAAACAUAUGCUGUAUGUACAGUAUCCACCUGUGUGUGAGAGUGUGUGAGAGUGUGUGAGAGUGUGUGAGAGUGUGUGAGAGUGUGUGAGAGUGUGUGUUAGUAGCUGAUUGGACUCAUUCUGUGACUGUAUUGUGGUUAGCACAUUCUCUGUGUAGGUGUGUGUUUGUGAGAGAACUGAGGUAAUCUUGUCAUGAGUUCACACACUCUUUUGAGUCUGCCUCUUUCCGGUUGGUUCCAGUUUGAGUUGCUCCGCUCUUCAGCAGGUAUAGAUGUAAAACUAUGCAAAUUGUUACCUCAAUUUAUAGAGAAAUUUACCUCAAUAAAAUGAGACUAUUUUUGCAUUUUUCUAAAAUA